AUGCUCGAUUAUACUAUAGUGGUAAUGAGUUUAGUAUUUUUUUUUUCUCAGUUGCCAUACAGAAGCUUUCACUUGAUGCGGCCUACCCACCGUUUUCUCCUUCCGCAAAGAUUGUUACACGUACCCACAACUCCACCAGUUUUCUCCGCAUCUGUUGCGCCACUCUGAUUUUUCAUAUCUUAUUUUUAUUUUUUGUUAGCAAGGCAGUCGUAUGUUGCCGUAGUCACUCCAAAGUCAAAGUUGCUAAUAGUAGUUGUGCUUUCCUACAUAAGUUAAUUCUAAUAGAAGACAUUAUCUUUUCGUGUCGGAUCGUCGAUUGAUUAGACGAUCCGACGCUAGGUUUGCUGCUGUCUGUGUGUAUGUGUUUCUUCUGCCACCCCAAAAGGACUGCCCAUAAAAGGAGACAAACAAAAGGUAGCAAAAGAAGUGACCAAGGGGAAAAAAACUUGUGUAAUCUUUUGAAAGCUUGGUCACAUCUAGUUGAAUUGUUUGACUGAAAGGGGUUGCAAAUCAGUAGUGAGGGGCGUAGAUUUAAAAAAUAAUAAUUCAAUCUAUCAAACUGUCAGUCGUACGUUGUGUGUCUAACACAGCAGUCUAAACAUACAACACCACACACUGCCUACAGACUACGUGCUGCCAAGGGAUGUGCUAUUGAACAAAAAGGAUUCUCCAUGAGAGCAUGUGUAUGCUAGCUGAGAGCGAUCUAGAUGGUGGUGAUGGCUGCAUACCCCCAGAAUACUCUCCAUGUUAACAAUGAAGAUGAAGCCUCUCCAGGAGGCACAUGCAAGAAAACUGACCUUCAACAACACCUUCAGUUUAUGUUUGCUCUUCUUCCACAAGACCAUGUCUUGAAAGAAGUUGUUCGUCUGGAGUCAACCCACCAGGGAAGGGUUCGUUAUCUGGCAGUUGUUGCCUAUGCAGGAAGCCAACCUGAUGAUGAAGAAGCAUGUGUACUUGGUUUCGACUGGAUUGGAGAGAAGACAACACUGGGUUUGGUACUUUGCAUCUAUGCAGAUGCGGGACUCACACUAGAUGGCGAUGGCGGUUUCAGUUUGUGUUCCGGUGGUAGUCAGCAUGUUUUCAAGCCGGUCAGCGUUCACGUCCUCUGGGCCGUCAUUCAAAGUCUACACAAAGCCUGUGACCGGGCCCAAAAGUACAACCACUACCCCGGAGGAGGAACCCACAGAUGGGUAGAGUCCUACCGCAUAACUUCGGAUCGAUCGUGCCUCAACGAAUGGAAUUACCUGCCAGAUGUUGAGUCGAGACGCCCAGCAUCACCACAGGAUCAGAAAGCGGACCGCGAACGACUGAUACGCUCUACGCUCAAAGAAGUGAUGAUGACAUUAGAUUUGGACGAUGUUACGUCAGUAGACAUUCGUCGACGCGUCGAAGAAGAAUUGAAGAUGGAUCUGACAGAUCAAAAGUCUUUCCUGGAUCAAGAGAUGCUUACCAUUCUGGGGCAAAUGGACGGAGCCAGUCGUAUAUUUGACGACCUUUUUCUUGGUUCAGAAUGGAAUGCUUCGAAUUUGGAAGAACUCGAGAGAAACGGGAUCGGGCACAUACUCAACGUGACCCGGGAAAUUGAUAACUUUUUCCCGGAUCAAUUUGAUUACCUCAAUAUCCGUGUUUAUGACGACGAAGCCACCGAGCUGCUCAAACAUUGGGAUCGGACUUACAAAUACAUCAGACGAGCUCUUGAAGAUGGUUCCAAGGUGCUUGUACACUGCAAAAUGGGCGUCAGUCGUUCCGCUUCCGUAGUCAUAGCCUACGCAAUGAAACAGUGGAAUUGGGAUUUGCCUCAAGCACUGAAACACGUCAAGGACAGGCGAGCAUGCGUCAAACCCAACACUAGUUUCAUGCAACAACUUGAAACUUAUGCUGGAAUCCUUGACGCUUCUCGACAACGCCACAAUAAACUUUGGCGAUCAAAAUCAGAAACUAACCUGGCAGCAAAAGUGAGUCCAGCAUACUCUGCUCGGCGACAGCGACCUACGCAGGAUAAGGAACAUAAACAACAACAAUCGGGCAAUGUCGUAGGGUCGAGUGUACCUAAUUCACCUGUCAGACAACAACAACAACAAAUCAGCAUGACAACAGAAUUGCAGGUCGAUUCUGUUGAUCAGCAGCAAGAAAAACCUACUGAAAAGGAUUCGCCUAUGGAUACACUGGACUUGUUGGAAGGAGAUCUUGGACGACCCAAGUCUUGGUCACCUGACGACAGCCUGGCCGAGUCUUAUUUCCCGUCUCAGCCGGAAGCUCCAGAAACUGAGCUUCAAGAAUCGGCGGCCAACCCGACCGUUUGCGUCAGUCUUCGAGUUCCUUGCUCUAACGGCCGGACGUACAGUGUGUCGCAGAAUCGUGCGGUUAAACUUGAGUCGAGUCCACCGCCACCACCUCCGCCGCCCCCGGCAAAUUUCUUCUUUGAACCAUCGGAAUUGAGCUUAAACUUUGAUUCAGUUGAGUCGAUGAACGGGGUAAUGCUAGAUGUUCCAGGCGAAUCCAGUACUGAUCCCGAUGUGCCACCAACUGAACCUCAUUUUGCCAGUCUUCCUCGGGUCGGCAGUGUCAAGGAUCGAAUAUACGAAUUAGAAGCUGCUGCAUCCGUACUUCCUGGAAGCCCUGUACUAAGCAGUCGGCCAACGGGGCUCGUUUUGAAUUUGAAAAAUCCUUGGCAUUUUGGAAGCAGCAAUAUCAGUCCGCUGACUGAUCCGAUUGUAGUUGAAGCUUUAUCGAUACUGCCAGGUAUCCAAUCGAAACCAGUGCCGACUACCAGUGCUACCAAUGGCCGCAAACGACCUGAACAGGAAGUCAAAAUUUUUGAUGUGUUUUCUGAUCGUGUGGAUCGCGCUUUUGAACGUGAAGAACGACGCCAAUCGGAUGGAUCUAUCCCGCGUGAAUCACCGAUGCGACAACGGUCAUGGGGUGCAACCGAGACUCGAUCUCGAGUUGUCCCUUUAACGAAUCCUCGUCCUGAUUCCCCAACAGGAAUGUCCAGUUACUCCAGCGACCCAUCACUUCCAACCAUCCCGUCCGAAGAACAACAAGAUUCCUUGCUUUUAAACGAAUGCAGUCGAGGUCUAGUUCGGAUGCAACGAGAGGCAUUGGAAAAAGCCAACAAUGGACCUUCGUAUCAACCGCAGCAACGAAGAAGCCUUCCGGAUGAAUCAGUUUCCAGUACCUUGCUAUUCAGCCGGAGCACCUCGGAUACAUCAUCGACUGAGGGAAUUAGCGUUAUGCGGCUGCGUAAAGCUCUGGAAGCCAAAGCCACAUGCCCACUUACCGGAUCGUUUGCUCCUACUCCAACAGUCCUGGUUGCACUGGCUGCGGCGGCUUCAUCGCAAAGCACCCAAACAAGUCCCACUCGGCAAAGGUUACCUGUCGCAAGGGAAAGACUACGCAAACGUAGUCUCAGCCUGGAACGGAUGACCUAUCCUUCUGCUCAAGGUCCUCAGGAUGCGAACAAUGCAGCCCAAGAAGUCCCUGAAGAGGUAGAUUUGAAUGUCAAACUUCUUGUCGGUCGCUUUGAAACACCUCACCGACCAGUUAAGAAGAUGGAACGGCCUCGUGGCUGGUCCGAAAGCAGUUUGAACACUCCCAGUCAUCCUCGGCCAAACAUCGUUCCACAACGCCGUUCUCUAGCCGCUAAGCCUCCAGUUCCAAAUGAUCCUUUCAUCCCCAUGGCUCAAUUACCACGCCCUGCCGUCAAAGAGCGGAAACUCUACCAAGGUAAGACGCACCCGCUUGAUCGACUGACAGCUGGGGCCCGCCAACAGAAGCUCGUCGCACAACCCGUCUUCGGUACCAUGUGACCCGGUUUGCGCCAUUCUAUCUUUUUUUUUCUAUCUUGUCUUCAUUCGUGCCCCUUCCCGUUCCCCCUCCCCCCCUUUUUUUUUAAAUUUUUAACCUUAUUAUUUAAAAAUUUACGUAAAACAAAAAAGAAUUCGUUUCAAAACAGCUGGCAAGUCCAGGUGAUGUGAUAUGAUCCCUCUAUCUUUUUUCCCCUUUUCUUGCUAGUCAACUCUGCCUCCAUUUCUAUCCUUCUUAACUCGCCUCCUUUUCGCUCUUCAGUUAUUUUUUUUUUGUCCAAUAUCACUGAGAUUAAUUUGCUAUUUUUCACCUAUCGCCCUGUCGUCGUAAAUGUUGUUGUACGCAUUAUUAUAUAUACUGAAGGGUACGUCUGUUGUAAAAUAACGAAUAAAUCAUACAAUACAUUUCAACCAUUUUUUUUU